AUGGUUGAGGGGCGCCGCCGCUCCGGGUGCCGGGCGUGCGGGCGCGGCGAGACGCCUCCCGCCCCGCUCCCCGCUGUCCCCCGGAGCCCUCGCCGGCACUCACCGCGCUCGGGGCCCCGCGCUGCGGGCCGGGCCGCGCUCGGGCUCCGCCAGGCCCGCUCAGGCCCCGGUAGUGGCGGCGGUCGGGCCAUUGUGCGGUGCAUUGUGGGAGCCGCGCGCCAGCGGGCGCUCGGGCUGUGGAGGGGGGCGGUGCCGCGGCCUCUCUAUGGUCCCUCCCGCCCGCAAGCUAGAGCGGCCGGGGCGACGCGCGGGCGGCGCGCGAGGGCCGCCGGGAGUGGGGCGGACCCUCGCGCUUCUCCUUUCCUCCUUUCUACCGCGGCGCGCUGGGGCUCCGGAGCCGACGUGGGCGCCGCCGCGUGGGCAAUGUCGCCCCUGCCGCUGUGUGUGUCUCUUCUUCUGCUGCUGCUUCUGCAGCUCCCGGGGCUGCCCGCGGUCUCCUGGGACCCGGCCGGUUACCUGCUCUACUGCCCCUGCAUGGGGCGUUUUGGAAACCAGGCUGAUCAUUUCUUGGGCUCCCUGGCAUUUGCAAAGCUGCUAAAUCGCACCUUGGCUGUACCUCCGUGGAUUGAGUACCAGCAUCAUAAACCGCCCUUCACCAAUCUGCAUGUGUCCUACAAGAAGUACUUCAAGCUGGAGCCCCUCAGGGCCUACCAUCGGGUCAUCAGCCUGGAGGACUUCAUGGAAGAGCUGGCGCCUACCCACUGGCCUCCUGAGAAACGAGUGGCCUACUGCUUUGAGGUAGCAGCUCAGCGAAGCCCCGAUAAAAAGACGUGUCCCAUGAAGGAAGGAAACCCCUUCGGCCCGUUCUGGGAUCAGUUUCAUGUGAGUUUCAACAAGUCGGAGCUUUUUGCAGGCAUUUCCUUCAGUGCCUCCUAUAAAGAACAAUGGAUCCAGAGAUUUUCACCAAAGGAGCAUCCAGUGCUCGCUCUGCCAGGGGCUCCAGCACAGUUCCCUGUCCUGGAGGAACACAGAUCGCUCCAGAAGUACAUGGUAUGGUCAGAUGAAAUGGUGAAGACGGGAGAGGCCCAUAUCCACACCCACCUCAUCCGGCCCUAUGUGGGCAUUCAUCUGCGCAUCGGCUCUGACUGGAAGAACGCCUGUGCUAUGCUGAAGGACGGCACCGCGGGCUCGCACUUUAUGGCCUCCCCACAGUGUGUGGGCUACAGCCGCAGCACAGCAGCCCCGCUUACCAUGACCAUGUGCCUCCCUGACCUGAAGGAAAUCCGGCGGGCUGUAAAGCUCUGGGUGAGGGUGCUGAAUGCUCAGUCAGUCUACAUCGCCACUGAUUCCGAGAGCUAUGCACCGGAGAUCCAGCAGCUCUUCAAAGACAAGGUUAAGGUGGUGAGUCUGAAGCCAGAGGUGGCCCAGGUUGACCUGUACAUCCUUGGCCAAGCUGACCACUUUAUUGGCAACUGUGUGUCCUCUUUCACUGCCUUCGUGAAGCGCGAGCGGGAUCUUCAAGGAAGGCCAUCUUCUUUCUUCGGCAUGGACAGGCCCCCUCAGCUGCGGGAUGAGUUCUGAUGCUGGCCGGGGCAUGGGACCCGUCUCAGCGGGGUCCCUGACAGCCAGAGGUGCUCCCAGAACUGCAAGCUCCUCUUCUUGCCUGUCAGAGAUGGAGGACAGUCCCAGGGACUUCCUGGAGGAAGACUUUCCAUCACCCGGCACAGGGCUUCCAAGCUCCGAAGGGCCCAAAUGUCGCUCCAUCCCAUGUGCUUCUUGCUGUUUCUCCGCUCAGCAGAGCAGUCCAACAUUCUCUUUUCAUCUGCCCUUCUCUGAAGAGCCUGAGAUGCUUAACUCUCUCCAGAGAAAUUUUUAUAUAGAGAUUUUUAUAGUUUUGAUACAAGGUCAUGACUGCCCUAUAACUCUCUCAUUUUUAAAACUCAGUCAAGUCUGUUAGCAUAGAAAUGUAAAGUGACCUUAACUGAAAUGUGAAUGAACCCAGGUUGGAGUAGGUCAAUUAGCCACUUUUCCCAGUGGCCCCCACUUGUCUCCACUGCCUGGCAAGAGCCUUGUCAUUCUACUUGCAAGGCCAUUGCCAGGUGUUGGGGUAUGGACAUUCUCCUCCAUCGAAGCAACGAGCAGACGGCAGUUGUCAGUCAUGGUGCUGUGCAGUCAAGGGCAGCCAGGUGCCACUCACAAGCACAUUCUCUGCGAGGAGCACACGCUACCAAGGUAGGAGACCAUGCUGUCUCUCUCAGUCUUGGUCGCUGAUGCCUGACAGGACCCUCUGAGGCCACGCUCUCCAAGGGCCUGGUUGGUGUCCAGAGCCUGUUCUGUCAGCCCCAGUCCUGCAGCUGGAGCCCUCACACCAUCUGUCCCCGGAGGAGUGCCUGCCAAGCCUCUGACAUGGCGAAGAUGCCCAAGAACCCAGGAGCCAUCUGAAUUCCCAGUUGGAAGCAGCCUUUGGCCCUUCCCAUGGAGUGUGAUCUCUGCUGUUGCCAUGAGGCACUGAAGUAUUAGAAUCAUGAGGUUUGGGGCUGGGGAUUUAGCUCAGCGGCAUAAGCACCUGCCUUGCAAGCAGGUGGUCGUGAGUUCGAUCCCCGGUACUGAUAAAAAUCAAAAAGGUAUCUCUCAGAUUCUUACAACCCACACCACCAGAGAACCUGCGAUUUUUUUAACCUUGUGGUUCUAAAGUUCCAUAUCCAGCACCUGUGGAUCUCUUCGCUGCUGUGACCUUCCUUCACCUUAGAUCCUAGAAAGGUGGCCCAGAGCUUCAUUCUGGAGGUCUCCCUUAACGGGCUGUGAAAAGAAAUCCUUUGUUGUCCAGAGUACAAUGAGUCAGAGGUCAGAGGUGGUGGGAGGAUUUCCAGUGCCAAAGCCAGCAUUGCUGCCUAGAGCUAUCUCCCGACAGAGCUAUCACCCGACUCUAAGCAGGAGAAACCUCAGAAAACACUUGCAUAGUUUUCCCUCUUGGGAAAACAGUGAACUGUUUUAAUCCUAGCAGAGACAGCUUAUCUGUCCAGACUUGUCCUCCAGAGGAAGGGCCACAGACUGGGGAGCUAUGUUGUGAAAGCAUGGCUCACUGGCCAAGUUUAUUUCUGCAUUCCUCUGCAUUCUUAGCUUUACAAUAAGUACACACUCGAGUCUGUGGCUCCUCCCCACAUCCAAAUCAUCUGAAUUAGUAUCUGCAGCAUUGCUGGCUUGUGUUUUAGGAGAGAGGCCAGUGGAGUGCUCAGAUUCGGGUGUGCUUUGUGGGCAAGCAUUUUACUCCUUGACUCUGCGUCCUCACCUGUAAAGUGGUAAUAAAAUCCGCAGGUUGUUGAAAGCUCAAAUCAGCUAAAACUUACGUAUUUAAAACCACAGUGUAAACUUGAAGGAGACAAAGGCACAUAUGUAGCUAUUGAUUAAUUUGCUUCUUUACCUCUGUUCCAUGCCAGGCACUGUGCUUGUCAAGCACUUUAUAGGCAUUCUCUUGUUUAAUCUCCAUCCCAGCCUGUGAAGUAGUGACUAUUGUCCUUGUCUUUCUGCACAAGGGAAAACAGCUUGGAGAAUUCUCAUGUCCCCCAAGCUGUGCACUGGUUAUGUUAAACAAGUAUUUGUCCUCACAAACCCAGGCCAUUAGCCACUGUACUCUGUUACCCUCAGUUCACAGGAUGCAUUUCACAAUGCAUCUUGAAGAGGCCUCUGCUGGAAAAAAAAUCAGCUACCUUGGUCUCUACGGGGCACGUGCUGUGUAUUUGCCACUGCUGGGUUUUUGGAAGGAAGAGGUCAUGUAAGAAACAGCCCAUGACAUGGAGCUUACUUGGCCCUUUAAUUUAGCAUUUUCUCAUUUAACAAGUAUUGAUCAUCUACUAUGUGCCAUGAUCCUCAGUCAUUGUUCUUGAAGGAUUUGCAAUCUAGAAAGUGGAAGGCAUAAUUAAAAAAAAAAAAGUGUUCUUGGGCUGGGAAUUUAGCUCAGUGGCGUAAGUGCCGGCUUGGCAAGUGCGAGGUUGUGAGUUUGAUCCCUGGUACCAAAAAAAAAAAAAAAAGUGUACUGAGAGGUAGUGAUAAGUGCUCUGAAAAGAAACAGCAUGGGAUGAGAGGAUUUGCCUUAGAUAAGGAGAAAAGCUGCCUUAUGGAGAGAAAAUGCACAUUGUAGCACACUGAGGCUGGCAUCUGAGCCUGAGCUGCAGAAAGGAGCCAGGAGCAGCAGACCAGAUGACCAGGUGAUGCUCCAGCAGCCUGCAGGGUUAGGCUGAGGCCUAGACUUGGCUUUUAGUUGGAAAGAUACCUUGCAAGGUUCUGAACCAAAGAAGGCGAUGAUCUGAUUUGUAUAUCCAAAGGGUCCUUCUGGUUGGCAGGUGGAAAGGGGGUUGGAGAGAGGAGUGAAAGCAAAGGGUAUGGGGUCUGUGGCGUGGGUGCAGGUGAGAGUCCAGGGGGUUUAGCUCUCCCUGACUGAAAUGCCAGCACCCUCUUCUCCCAAAAGCCAGAUGCCACUGCAUUAUUUUUAAAUAAAAAUAAUUUUUAAAAACAUUUUUAUAAUUCAGUCUUUUUCAAAAGAUUUAAAUCUUUGCAAAGUUUUAAUCAGGCAUCAUGUACAUCUUCAUGUCUUGUUUUUUUUUGUUGUUUUUUUUUGUUUUUGUUUUUGUUUAAGAGUAUGUCAUAUUAACCAUGCAGGAAACAAUGUAAAAAAAAAAAAAAAAACAAGAGUAUGUCAUAAUUCUUAGCCAAUACAUAACCUGAAUAAAUGCUUUUAAUUAUAUAAAGUCUCAUUGAAGGGUAUCCUAUAAUUUGUCAUUUUCCUAUUAUGAGACUUUCAUGUGUUCCCAAUUUUUCACUAUUUGAAAAAUGUAUUCACUUAUAAAGAUUUUUUAUUUAAAAUAUGCACAAAAAAUAAAAUGUGCACUAAGAUAAAUUCCCAGAGGUGGAUUUAUUGGAUUUAAGACUCAAAAGUAAAACUUUUUAUUAUGGAAACAUUAAAAUAUAAACAAAAAUGGCAUGUAAUAAACUGGACUCAUAGUUUUAACAAUUGUCAACAUUUACCAGUCUGGUUUCAUUCUGCUUCCAAGUCUGUUGCUCACUGGUCUUUUAAAGAUAAUCGGAAUACAGGGACUGGGUAUUUAGCUCAGCGGCAUAAGCACCUGCCUUGCAAGCAGGCAGUCGUCAGUUCGAUCCCCGGUACCGAUAAAAAGGAAAAAGACCAAAAAAAAAAAGAUAAUCGGAAUACAAAGCCAGGUGUAGUGGCUCACGCCUAUAAUCCUAGCACUCAGGAGGCUGAGGCAGGAAGAUCAUUGCGAGUUCAAGACCAGCCUGGGCUACAAAGUGAGCUCGAGGCCAGCCUGAACUGCAUAGUGAGACCCCGUCUCAAAAAGACAAAAAAAAAAAAAAAAAAAUCUGAAUACAGAUUGAGGAAGAGCCAGAAGGUCUUGCUGACAUGUUGAAUGGAGGUGGAAGGGAAGGAAGAGCCCAAGCCACAGGAAAUUGUCCCUAAUUUGCAAUGACCUUAAGGCAGGCCUUCCCUCUCCAUACCUGGUGUCAUGUUGUAGGUGCUGUUAUUGCUUGUGUCUAGAUGUCCCCCUGAGAGCCUCAUGUGGUCAUAGGUAGAGCUUUUUGGAGGUGGCUGAAUCUAGAGUAUCUGAUGCUAGGAUUAAGAGUAUCUGCUGAAUCUAGAGUAUCUGAUGCUAGGAUUAAGGAUGUUAUGCUAGUAUUGAUUCGUAGAACUAAGGGUCCCUCAGUUUAGGUGUGAGUUGUAUCCACCCUAAGGACAGGUAGCCUGGAUAGAAUACAAAGGACAAAGGGAGGGUUGUUGUGGUCACUGUUUGUUCCUUGCUGCUUGCUCCUUUUUUUGCCUUCUGCCUACCAUGAACUGUUUUUCCUCUGUGAUGUCCUUCUCUGCCAUGCCAACCUGCCUUGGAGCCAGCCAACUAUGAACUGAAACCUCUAUAAACUGUGAUCCAAAAUAAACCUUUCCCCCUUUAACUUUGGGUAUCAGGUAUUUUUUUCUCAGCAAUGAGAAAACUAAAAGAAGUGCUAAGGCAGUCUCAGAGCUUCCUUGGAAUGCUACCUGGUAAGGCAGAUUGCCUGGAGUCACCUCACAAGACACCUGAAGAACCCAGCUAGCAGCUAGGCCACACCCAGGGAUCUGCAUUUUCAAAAGCAUCUACAAGUGGUUUUGAUGCCCAUGUCCCAAAGCCUGCUCAAUUGUGGUUGUCAGCCAGCAGCAUCAGUGUCAUUUGGAGGAGCUUGGUAGAAAUGUAGCAUCUCAACCAGGGAUUUAGCUCAGUGGCAUAAGUGCCUUCCUGGCAAGUACAGGCUCAUGAGUUCGAUCCUUAGUACAAAAUUUUAAAAAAUUCCAAACCCAGCAAGGUCACACCUAUAAUCUCAGCAUUUAAGGAGGAUUUCAGGUUCAAGUGCUUUCUGAGCAAUUUGGUGAAAUCCUGUCUCAAAUUUUUAGAAAGGGACUGGCUUGUAGCGCAAGCCUGGCAGGUGCCACCAAGGCCCAGAACUUUAGCAGGUGCUUCAUAUUGUGAUUGUGUUGACUUUUUCUCUUACCCUGUAUUGAAGAGUGGGGUGGGAGUUGGGAGAAUGGGAUAUGCAACUUAAUGAUCAAAUCUUUGGUUGUUUUAGGAUGAGGCCAAAUUUAUAGAUGUAAACAAAGAAAAUUUUAAAAAAUUUUUUAGUAGAGUUGGGUUUUGGGUCAGGCAGAAAUGGAGAAGCUGAUGUUGAAAGGAAUAAAGGUGAGGGACACAGCUCUGAAACACUAUAGAUCCUCCAGAAAUAGGGAAAAGAAAGAAAGAAAAGACGGAGAAAGAGAGCUGAGCUUCCUUUUCCAUUUUUAGUUCACCUCAGAAAAGCUUAGUAAAUAAUAAGUAACAACAAUAAUGAGCCACAGGCCUGAAAAUAAACACCCCUUCUUCUGACUCUUUUUAUCCCUGCCAGAGUUGACAGAAAAAGCCCACAGAGCCUAAGGGGAAAUCCUGCACUUUAGAUUAUGCUGUCAGAAUUCAAAUUCUUGCUUGAAACGUGGUUUAUUUUGGGGUUAGGACCUUUCCCCGAAAUAACAUUAUUUAAAAGCAAGCAGGUUUGCUUUGCUUUGCCAUCUAAUCCUUUUUGAUCAUCCUGGAGGGCUCCCAGAAUCACCAGGUAAACAGGAGCAGGGAGGUAACAAAAGCAUUUCCCAGAGACCUCCCUCCAAGGCAGCUGAUGCAGCAGAGCAGGGAGACUGUAGCCACCCCAGGGUGCAGCCUACAGAGGAGCCCCGACCUUCUGAAAAAUCCGCCCCUAAGAACUGGCAUCACUGGAGCCUCAACUGUUCCCUCAGAUGAGGUGGGAGGUUCUUUACCACUCUGAUGGUGUAGGAGAGAUCUCUCCUUUUCUUUCUCAACCCUGCUAGCAAGGCUGGUGAGAAGGCCCCACUCCAGUGUCAGCCUGUUACUCCUGCACUUGCUAGGACUCAUCCUGGUGGAGAGAGCAGACUUCAGACUCAGGGAGGCUUAGCUAGUUGGAAUUCAGUUCACAGUUUUCGCUAUAUUUUUUUUUAUUUGGAGAUGUGUUUUAAAGUUACCUUUUAAGAAAUUUAGGUUAUAAAAAGUGAGUUGGGGGGCUGAGGAUUUAGCUCAACGGCAUAAGCACCUGCCUUGCAAGCAGGCGGUCGUGAGUUCAAUCCCUGGUACCGAUAAAAAUGAAAAAGACAAAAAAAAAAAAAAAAGUGAGUUGGGUUCAAGGAGACACACUAAACGGUGUGGCACGAGGACUGAGAGUGAAACUCGGGGGCAGAGUGUGUGCUUAGCAGGCAUGAGGCCCUGGGUUCAAUCCUCAGCACCCCCAAACAAUAAUGAGGCAUGAAUUGUGAAGGUUAAGUUUGGGAGAACCUCUCUCAGCCUCAUCUUUGUGCCCUAAAGAUACCUGAGGACAUGAUCCUGAUGGCUCAGUGCCAGACGGAGGCACAAGGAUCAGAACUCCUAUCAGAGAAACUGUCCGUUCAAACCCGCUCACCCUCCACAUCUCCAGGCUGUUGUCAGUUCUGCCUUCUGCUUAUGCUUGGGGUUUCAAGAUCUUCUUGUAUGAUUUUUUUUUUUUUUUUUUUUUUUUUUUUUUUUUUGCCUUGGAGCCCUGCAGCCUCUUGAAAUUAUAACAAAAACUGUUCAAAGGACUACAAAACUUUAAUUCACCUGGUUUACAGAACAACCCAAAGAGAUAGCUUCCUCCCCCCCCCCCACUGCUGGUGAUGAAACAAAGACCCCAAACAUGCUGGGCAAGUGCUCUACCACUGAGCUACAUACACCCCUGUGCCCAGCUGCUUUCUUAUUAUCUCCAUUUUACAGAUAAGGGCACUGAGGCACAGGAAGGUAAGACAAUUAUCUGAAGGUCACACAGCCUGUAACCAGCAGCGCCAGGACUCAGAGCCUGGAUGUGUGGUAUAAAGUCAGCCUGUGCUGUGCUGACUUUCUUGUCACUUAUCAGAGGGCAGUGUCUGCUUAUCUGUUUGCCCAGCUAGAACUGAGGUCGUCUCCUGGACACCCCACCCAGAACACGGACCCUGCCUCAGGUAUCUCUGUUCAUCAGCGCCUAACCCUGCUGCUUGGCUUAUGAAAGUGUCCUUUGGUAGGGCUGAAUGAAUGAAUGAAUGUGCAGAAAAAGUGGUCUGGGCGGGGAGUUGGCUUCUGCAUCAUGGAGAGUUCACCGAACACGUAGAAGAUGAGUGGAAAGCUGGGCAUGAUUUCAACAGCUGCCGGUGGGCAGAAAAGCCAUGGCAGAUGAUGGACUCAGUGAAGGAGCAGCAGGCAGUGCCAUGUGGAUCCAGGGGACAGGGACACUGGAACAUGUGAGCGGUGCGAAGAGCCGAGAGCACCAAGUUAAAGUCUUAACCAAGGUUGUCUCUGGGUGAAGGUCAAUGGAGUGAAGAGAGGAGCGGGGAGUUUUGAGGACUCACAGGACCCCCUGGAAUCAUCUGCACAUGAAAGGCUCCUAGUGGCACCCUUUGAGGAGGGCACUCCCAAGGGCUGAGCUUGGACUCUGCAAACUAUUCAUGCAAAUAAAUUCAUGUAUGAGGUAAAAAGAAAAAAGUACAAAGGAAUAUACCCAUAGAGGGAAAAGUGACCAGAUCCCUCCCUAGAACCACUUUCUUGUGAGCCUUCCAGAAAAUUUUCUUGCUCUACAGAUAUUCUUCAUUUAAGGAAGGUCCUUAAAUGAAGGACCUAUCAUUAGGUAGGACCUAUCAUUAAUGACCUACUGUUCUGACUUACAACUUACCACAGAGUUGCAGCCUGACAGGUGUUUUUGUUUUUUUGUUUUUGUUUUUGUACAGUGCUGUACAAAAGCUUCAAUGUCUUUUUUUGGUACACCUCAUACAAUACUGUAGUUUUUGCUGGCUGUACGAUACAGUAUAGUGCUAUAGUUUUAUGUUGUGUUAUACAUUACAGUAUUGCAUGAGAGUUACGCAAAUAAAAGCAAAGUUGUCAAGUUGGA